GCACAUUCUAUGUCGCCAAAGCUGCGAACUGUGGAAACUUACUUUCUCUUUCUACUGCACAAGAACUCGGACUUAUUAGUUUGCAUCUAGACAAACUGACAUCAAAGGAUGCCGCACUAGAAAACAUUCUUCAAAAGCAUUCUAAAGUUUUUUCCGAUCUUGGAAAACUGAAGGGAGAAAAAAUCAAACUAGAUAUAGACAAAACUAAAAUUCCGAAAGCACAACCCCAAAGGCGCAAACCCUAUCACAUUCGAGAAAAAGUGAAAAACGCGAUAACUGAAUUAGAAAAUCAAGAUGUCAUUGAAAAAGUGCCCGAAAAUGAAGCUACUCCUUGGGUUUCACCCAUUGUAGCUGUUCCCAAAAAAGAUGGACAGGUUCGCAUAUGUGUCGACAUGCGGCUCGCAAAUGAAGCUAUAAGACGAGUACGCCAUCCUAUACCAACAGUAAAUGAUGUUAAUUUUGCCCUGAAUGGAGCAAAAUUUUUCUCGAAACUUGAUUUGAGCCAAGCGUAUCAUCAGUUAGAACUGAAUGAACGGUCUCGAUAUAUAACAACCUUUAGCACUCAAGUAGGUUUGUAUCGCUACAAAAGACUAAACUAUGGUACAAACGCUGCAGCGGAGAUAUUUCAGUACACACUUCAAACUGCACUGCAAGGGCUUAAAAGGCGUCAAGAACAUAGCUGA